AUGUAUCUAUCAGAAAUAGAACAACCUGCAAUCACCCUGUUGAAUGAUUUGGACCUCAACGUUGAUAACUACACCAUCAGCAUUCGCAUUUCAUGGACAGUGAGAUCUGAUGUUUUGUUUGGAGGUAAGGUUAUUGUUUUUGGUGGUGAUUUUAGGCAAAUAUUACUUGUUGUUCCAAACGGUGGACGACAAGAAAUUGUGAAUACCUCAUUAUGUUCGUCUUAUCUAUGGAGGAAGUGUAAGUUGUUGAGUUUAACUAGAAAUAUAAGGUUAACCGUUGGAAGACCUUCAUUUGAAGUUGAAGAGAUCAAUAAUUUUGCAAAAUGGUUGAUGGAUGUGGGUGAGGGAAAUGUUGGUGGUUCGAAUGAUGGAGAAGCAAUAAUUGAAAUACCACCUGAUCUUUUAAUUGACAGCACAUCUAACCCAAUUUCUAGCCUGGUUGAUUUUGUCUAUCCGUCAAUCUUGGAAAACUACAAUGAUCGUAAUUACUUUAGUAAUAGGGCUAUAAUUGCGCCUAAGAAUGAGGUUGUUCACGAGAUUAAUGACAGAUUGUUGGCAUUAUUCCCAGGUGAAGAAAAAGAGUAUUUUAGUUCUGACAGUCUACGCCCCACUGAAGAUGGCAAUGCUGAUCAGCAAAAAAUAUACUCACCUGACGUGUUGAACGGUCUUAAAGUAUCUGGUUUACCAAAUCAUAGGUUAGUACUUAAAGUUGGUGUUCCAAUAAUGUUGUUACGAAAUAUUGACCAACGAAAUGGUAUGUGUAACGGUACAAGGUUAAAGGUUACAAAACUUUACAGCCGUGUAAUUGAAGCUGAGAUAAUUUCAGGUGGAAAUAUUGGUUCUCGGACAUUCAUACCUAGAAUUAAUUUGGUACCUUCGGAUAGAAAGAUUCCUUUCGCAUUUCAAAGGAGGCAAUUUCCAAUAGUUGUAUGUUUUGCGAUGACGAUCAACAAAAGCCAGGGCCAGCCGCUAUCUAAGGUUGGUUUGUACUUGAGACAACCAGUUUUCACAGAUGGUCAAUUGUACGUAGCUUUAUCGAGGGUUACAAGACGAGAUGGAAUCAAGUUACUAAUACUAGACAAUGAAGGCAGACCUACAAAUAAAACAAUGAAUGUUGUAUAUAAAGAGAUAUUCAAUGACUUGUGA